AUGUUGGACGACGCGACAUACCUUUUUUCCGAUGUUGUCCAGUCAGACAUCCUAGAGAAAUUGAACACGUCGCUCUCAGGCAUUCCAUGGGCCAAGUUCAAUGGCCCGAUACUACGCAUUGAAGUGUUCAUACAAGAUGGAAUUGAUCGAGAUCUCGACAGCGGCACUUUGGAGACCAGCGAGCGGCUUCACCAUAUGUUCUCCACUGACAUCCCUAAGCAUCAAAUCCCAGUCCACCCAACCACUUCAUCACAAGCAUCCUCUCGCACUAAUAUGAAUUGCGAGUCAUGCUCUCAAACAGAGGAGCACCGCCAUCCUACAACGGCCUCGAAUAAUGGUGAACCCAAUCCCCCUUCGUCGGCUUCGAGGCCAUCGCGUAAGCGUCGUCAAGGCGGCCUGCGCCCUGUCAUGGCCACUGCUACGACCGACGAAAUGUUGAAGGUCCCGCGUCAAAUGCAGAUCCGCGCCGGGAACUUCCCCAAGAGGGCAAAAUUGAAACCCGACGGUGUUUUCCUCCCUAGAGAGUCAUCUCUGGGCAAAUUCAUCGUUGGCGUGUGGGAGCAGAUACACUCCGGUCUUGUCCUAGAGCCACAUAUUCUCACCGAGCAGCUUCAGCUCACCACUGCCUCUACAAGCCGUCCCUUGAAUGAAGUCGAGCUGUCACCUGAUCUGUCUAUGGCGUCUCCCUCAGAAGGCUCGUUCGAUAUGUUCACGCGAGGAAACAUGUUUUGCCAAAGAGUCACCCAGGCUUGCCGGACCUGUCGUUCCAUCGAAGUCAUGGUCCAAGCUCGCUGGAUCGAGCUUUUCGAUUCCUACGUCCUACAUCUUACUACUACAAGCCCAGGAAUGUCAUCCACCAAAGCCCGAGUGAAAGCGUUGGCUGAAGCUUGCGGCGACUUUGGGUGGAGUGAGAAAGAGCUACGGAAUAAAAUGGCGAUUUGGCGAGGCUACAAAGAGAUCAAAGAUGUGCUGGGCUGGGUAGCUCUGGCGUUCUCUGGAAUGGGCCUGUAUCGCCUUUGUAAAUACCGCAUUGACUUUGAUAAGGAUAAGUUCGGUCGAGCACGAGCGUUGAGAGGACGGAUGGAGGUCGCGGCGGAUACUCUGCACCGUAAUUGGCGUCAGCUCCUAGCCAUUGUUGGGGAACGUACGGAGCGGCGCUUUACUGGCCAUCCCCACGACUGGGUUGUCUACCAAGAUGGAUCUGACCCAAUUCCGCUCCGAUCAACUUAUCUGCAGUAUGAUUCGAACUUCAGCUUUGAACAUUUAGACGAAUGUGUUGUCGACACCACGUGGUGGGGAGCUGAUGAUCCUCGCUGGAUGCCACCGACCUCUCGUGCUUCAUCCUCCACUAACGGAAACAACUGCGUAUUAUGCGAUCAAGUCCAAUCAGACGACGCCGUACUCAACUCAUGCAAAUGCUUCCCCAGCCUCUUCGGCGGACCGAGACUGCCGCCCGCUGUACAAGUUUUCAGAACUUCCAACGGUCGUAACAACGGCCUCCAAGCCCUCGUACCUUUCGAAAGAGGCGUCGCCAUUGGAGAAUUCACAGGACUCGUGACAAAAGGCAUCAAAGACCAAGACGUCCUGGAUAGCAAGACGUUACCAGAUAUGGCAGGGUAG